UGAAACACCCUGUGGCGCAUUCAAAAUUGACGAGGAAGAAGAAGUCCAAAAAAGCGUUGAAAUCCGGCGGCAGAACGACCAGAACAAAAGGAAAGAAAGCGGGCCACGGAGACUGAAAGACCUGCUGCUGCCGAUUCUCGAUCCUGAAGAACCAUGUCUCAGUUCAACUACAUCCAAGAUCUGCAGAACAUCAUCACGCUGGAUGGCGAACUGACCAAGGGACCGGCCCCGCGAUGGCAGAAGAAGCUGGACAUAUCGUCGGCGGCGUCGACGAGCUUCAAUGCCAGCGCGAUGAACACGUCCCGGCAAAAGCUUUCGAUGUCGUUCACCAAUAGCCAGGCGCAGACCGUUCCGCCGGGGACACUCAGUGGGAAGACGCCAAGCAAGAAGGCCGGUGGUUCCGGAUCGAAGACAACCCCGGGCAAGGGAGGCAAAGGUCAGUCGUCGUCGUCGGCCCAGAAGCAACAGCAGCCUUCGGGUGGAGAUCGAUUCAUUCCGAACCGGAACACGACGGACUUUGACCUGGGUCACUUUAUGGUGAAGCAGAAUGAGGGCAAGUCGAAGGAGAACGAGGGAAGCGAUGGCAGUGGAGAGGAGGGUGGUGGAACGAGUGGUGGGGCCAGUGGCAGCGGAAGUCCGAAGAAUGCCGAACGCAUGAAGAUGUUGGCGGAGGCCGUUAAGGGAUGUGAUAUAAGUAAUCGGCGGAUUCUUUCCUACCAGACCAAAGCUCCUGCCGCACCGGAUGGUCACAUGAACCCGCUGAAGGUGGUGUACUCGGUAAAGACGCCGAUGUCUACCAAGAGUGGUUCGCGGUUUAUCCCGAAUGCACCGGAGCGAAUCUUGGAUGCGCCGGACAUCAUCAACGAUUACUAUCUCAACCUGAUGGACUGGAGCGCGGACAAUGUCGUAGCGGUGGCCCUCGGAUCUUCGGUUUAUCUGUGGAAUGCGGCCAGUGGCAAUAUUGAAGUCCUGUACGAGAACGAAGGCAGUGACCACGCGUGUGCGUUGGGUUGGAUCCAGGAGGGUCACAUUCUGGCCGUGGGCACCAGCACAGGAACGGUCGAACUGUGGGACUGCGAAGCGAUGAAACGCCUCCGUGUGAUGGAUGGUCAAUCGGGCCGAGUCGGCGUUCUGGCCUGGAACUCGUUCAUCGUUUGCUCGGGAAGUCGCGACGGAAGCAUUAUCAACCACGACGUCCGCUCGCGGGAUCACAACGUCGCAACGCUGCGUGGCCACACGCAGGAGGUCUGCGGUCUCAAGUGGUCCACCGAUGGUAAGCACCUGGCCAGCGGAGGCAACGACAACAUGGUCAACGUUUGGAGUGCUGCCAACGGAGCUCCUCACACGACCACAACUCCCCUUCAUGCCUUCAACCAGCAUCAAGCCGCCGUCCGAGCCCUGGCCUGGUGUCCCUGGCAGCCACACACGCUGGCCACCGGUGGAGGAACCGCCGACCGGUGCAUCAAGUUCUGGAACGUCAACAACGGUCAGCUAAUCAACUCCGUCGACACCAAGUCCCAAGUGUGCGGUCUCCUGUUCUCCAAAAACUACAAGGAACUCAUCUCCGCCCACGGCUACAUCAACAACCAGCUCACCAUCUGGAAGUACCCGUCGAUGACGCGACAGGUCGAACUGCUGGGACACACGGGACGCGUGCUCCAGAUUGCCAUGUCCCCCGACGGUAGCACCGUGAUGAGUGCCGGCGCUGACGAAACACUGCGCCUGUGGAACUGCUUCACACCCGAUCCGUUGCUCACCAAGAAGGAGAAAUCGGCCACCCGGGAGAAGCCCAGUCUGCUGAAGCAGAGCAUCCGAUGAGCUGUGUUAAAAUAGGUAUUCACGUGUUUUUUUCUUUUUUACUAGACUCAUUUUUACUGCUGCCAUUUGCCUGUUUUUGUAUUGUAAUGUAGCCAUGACUUGUUCGUUUACUUUCGAAAAUAAAGACAAUAUUUGAGACUGCAGUGGA